GGUCCAAACCUCCCACGUUGUGACAGGGCAAUUGUGUUUCCAUAGUGAUGCAAUCUGCUCCCAUCACUUUGGAGAUACCAGAUUGGAAUCAUGUGAUCAUGGAACCAUAGCUUCCAAUCUCUGCUUGUUCUGAGGGAAAUGGAUUUUCAAGCCAUUGGUUAUGAUGAUGGUUCACCACUUAAGACAGUGAAAUAAUGCAGCACACAAUUAACAGUAUUCAGCUGUUGGACAAUUCCAGCCCACUGGGCGCAGAUGUCAUUUUAACGUCUAGUUUUGAUAUGCAUUUGGUUGAGAUGUCAACUAACAUGAAUUCCACGUAAAAUCAACAAAACAUUUCACUCUGUCAUUGGUUUUAGGUUAAAAGUUGGGUUCAAAAAAGAUGAAAUGCCCUUAUGUUGAUUACUUUUUGCAAAUCUAAUCAGUUUUCCAAGUAGCUUCAUCGUCAUCACAUUGUAUUUUUUGGUUGAAAUGACGUGGAAACAACUUUGAUUCAACCAGUUUUUGCCCAGUGGGAACCUUCACAGUUUGAAUGGGAAAAAAACUAGAGAAAGAACCUUGCUCAUACUUGGUCAGAACUAGGAGACACACAUUUAAUUCUAAUUAAACACUAAAUAGAGGAUAGACCAUAACCUACUUGUUUGUAAAAAGUAUCAGAGAAAAAUGGCCUAUUGAGCCAUUAAGAACUCUUUUGGCUUGAACUUUGUCUAGGCUAAACAUUGCAUACUAUUUUGAGAUGGAUGGUAUUCACGUCUCCAUCUGACUUAUGUAAAGGCCCCCUGGGACAGUUUUUCUAGAAAUGUCAAAUUCUCACAGUACAACCAGUAUGUCCAAUGCACUUCCUGUUUGUCCUUAAAAACCACAGUUGAUCACCGUUGUUGUUUUUGUCAACAAUAAAAAUCAGUCUAAUUCACAUCUAUAAGAGGACAAUAUCUGAGUUUGAAGAAACAAUGGUAAGACUCACAUGAUUGAAUGUCUCAAGGGUAUACACCUUUUUCUAUUGAUAAACAUAUACUAGCGCAUGACCUCACCCACAUUACAGCUCCAAUACUUAACAUUAUUUUACUACUUUGGAGAAUUUAAUGGUGAUAUUUCAGUGAAAAUACUAUAAUGUCAAUAACAUGAUGAUGAGGAGCCAAUGGAUUCUGAACAAGGAGUUAUUUGAAGCCCUCUGAAAAAGUUUUAGAACAUCCGCAUUGAGGCAAUGCUUGUGUACGCAGAGGGCCUAAAACAAUGUGUGGGUGGGAGUGUGGGUAGUCAGGAGUUGAAUGUUACACAUAAGGUUUCCUUGAGCUGCUAAAAUCAGACCCGGAGCAAUUGCAGGAAGGCAGGUUGUCAUGGAAAUAAGAGCAGGGUGUAUAUACCUUUUCACCCCUCUCUCUCCCAAGUUCACAACAUUCAAUGAGAUGUAAAAAAAUAUAUAUAUAUUAAAAUGUGUUUUCUGAAGAACAAAAAUAUCGUCAACCUCACAGUCAUCCCUAUAAUGACAGCAAAUCGAUUACACUUUUAAUUGGUUGAGCAAUUACUGUGGCCAGUAGAGAGCAAAUUAUCUAUGUUAUUAUUAUUGCAAUAACCACUAUACCGCCCGCAUUGGGACUCUGCUCCUGUAUUUGAGCUCUGCCGAUUCGGAUGGGCAGCAGGUGUCUUUUCUUCGCGCCAGAAAAACUCUUAACCUCUUUCCUCCCACGCAGACCUCUGCUCGAUGUCAAGGCGUGUUUCUAUCGCGCCAGAGGGCUGGAGAAAAAGCGCGUACGCUCAUGUAGUAAAUUAAAAUUAACUGUAGAUGUGUGUGCUACUGUACUUUAUGUGAGUGGAAAGCAGGCAAGGAAAGAAUGAACCAUACCGUGUGAGGACCGUCUUGAGAUAAGAGUGAAGAACCAUCAGUUGAAGACGUUCCACCUGGACCAGAGAACCUCUCCAUGACUGUAGACCAUCUUAAUCCGUGAAGACAAGAAAGGAAGCAUCAGAAACAGGUUUCCCACGAAACCUGCCUCCUGGACCGGGUGCUGGAGCUGAUUGUGAAUGAGAAGCCCCCCAACACUGGCAGCCUUUUCCUGAACGAGGACGCUGACAAGCCCCCCCUCCCCAAUCGAGGCCUCUGGCGGCGGCUACAUAGGGUCAUGCAGAAGAGAGCGGCCAGCACCAAGGACAGGAUGAGCACCAUCACUAAGGAGAGCGUCAAGGGCUUCCUGAGACGCAACCUCUUUGUCCUCCUCACCAUCUCAGCAGUGGCUCUGGGUGUCAUGCUGGGUUUCGCCCUGCGGCCCCACAACCUGACCCUCAGGGAGAUCAAGUACUUUGCCUUCCCGGGAGAGCUGCUGAUGAGGAUGUUGCAGAUGCUGGUUCUGCCUCUCAUCGUCUCCAGCCUGGUCACAGGUAUUUCCUCUCUGGACAGCAAAGCAUCUGGGAAGAUGGGAAUGCGGGCUGUGGGUUAUUACAUGGUGACCACCCUCAUCGCUGUCUUCAUAGGCAUAGUCAUUGUGAUCGUCAUCAAACCAGGGAAAGGCCAUAGGGACAGCCCAGUGGCCUCUAGCGGUACCAUAGAGCCGGUACAAGCAGCUGACGCCUUCCUGGAUCUCAUCAGGAACAUGUUCCCUCCUAAUUUGGUGGAAGCCUGUUUCAAGCAGUACAAAACGGUAUACAAGAAGACCAUCCACACGAGGAACGUGACUGUUGCCCUCAGUCUGACUGACUCCCUCAACGCUACAGAGGCUGCCUUGGCUGUUAACAUGAGCAGAGUGCUGCAGACCAUCCAGGAGACAGUGGUAGAGAUGAUCCCUGUGUCUGGUUCCUCUAACGGGGUGAACGCCCUGGGUCUGGUGGUGUUCUCCAUGUGCUUCGGCCUGGUCAUCGGCAGCAUGAAGCAGCAAGGACAGGCCCUCAGGGACUUUUUCGACUGCCUCAACGAAGCCAUCAUGCGCCUGGUGGCCAUCAUCAUCUGGUAUGCUCCAGUUGGCAUCCUGUUCCUCAUAGCAGCUAAGAUCGUGGAGAUGAAGAAUCUGGCCGAGGUGGGAGGUCAGCUGGGGAUGUACACGGUGUCUGUCAUCGUGGGUCUGCUCAUCCACGGCUUGGUUGUCCUGCCCCUGCUCUACUUCCUGGUCACCAGGAAGAACCCCUACACUUUCAUGGCUGGCCUUCUGCAGGCCCUCAUCACAGCACUGGGAACAUCCUCUAGCUCUGCCACCCUGCCCAUCACCUUCCGCUGUCUGGAGGAGAACAACCGUGUGGACAAGAGAGUGACACGCUUCAUCCUGCCCGUGGGUGCCACCAUCAACAUGGAUGGCACUGCCCUCUACGAAGCCGUGGCAGCCAUCUUCAUCGCCCAAGUCAACGACAUGGAACUCAACUUUGGCCAGAUCCUCACCAUCAGUAUCACAGCAACAGCUGCCAGCAUCGGCGCAGCAGGCAUCCCACAGGCUGGUCUGGUUACCAUGGUAAUCGUAUUGACAUCGGUGGGACUGCCCACAGAGGACAUAACGCUGAUCAUCGCUGUGGAUUGGUUCCUGGAUCGCUUAAGGACCACCACCAACGUGCUGGGGGACUCUAUCGGGGCAGGCAUCGUGGAGCACCUGUCUCGCCAGGAGUUGCAGAGCCAGGAUGUUGAGGUGGGCAACUCAGUGAUUGAAGAGAAUGAGAAGCCCUACCAGCUCAUCUGCCAGAAAAACGACUCAGUGAAGCAUCGCAACAGUGAGACCCCCAUGUAGGGGUCACGAGUCUGAAAACAUCCACCAGCCGCUACUGUACUUCUUCAGUGUUUGUAGAUAUGGAGGAACUGGAUAGGUAUAAGCAAUAUGGGGAAAGCUAUUGGAUGCCUAGGCGGAGCCAUUACCAUAUUGCUAACACUUAUCUGGGUAACUUCAGAUCUGCAAACACUGUAGGGAUAGUGGCUGGAGAUUGUUUUGACACUGUUAACCAUAUCAACUCAUAUCAACUGUUUUGGUCCUUCCAGUCCAAAUCUGAGAUGCAUCUCAAUUGUCUAGAGCAGUGGUUCCCAAACUUUUUAUAGUCCCGUGCCCCUUCAAACAUUCAACGUCCAGCUGUACCCCCUCUAGCGCCAGGGUCAGUGCACUCUCAAAUGUUGUUUUUUGCCAUCAUUGUAAGCCUGCCACACACACACUAUACGAUACAUUUAUUAAACAUAAGAAUGAGUGUGAGUUUUUGUCACAAACCGGCUAGUGGGAAGUGACAAAAAGUUCUUAUAGGACCAGGGCACAAAUAAUAAUAUAAUAAUGAUAAAUAAUUUUGCUCUUUAUUUAGCCAUCUUACAUAUAAAACUUUAUUUGUUCAUCUAAAAUUGAGAAUAACUCACCACAGGGUAAUGAGAAGGGUGUGCUUGAAAGGAUGCACAUAACUCUGCAAUGUUGGGUUGUAUUGGAGAGAGUCUCAGUCUUAAAUCAUUUUUCACACACAGUCUGUGCCUGUAUUUCGUUUUCAUGCUAGUGAGGGCCGAGAAUCCACUCUCACAUAGGUAUGUGGUUGCAAAGGGCAUCAGUGUCUUAACAGCGCGAUUUGCGGAUACUCUGAGCGCAGCCCAAUCCAGAAAUCUGGCAGUGGCUUUUGAUUAAAUAAAAUUUUCACAGAACAGCUUGUGGCAAUUUCGAUGAGGCUCUCUUGUUCAGAUAUCGAUAAGUGGACUGGAGGCAGGGCAUGAAAGUGAUAACGAAUCCAGUUGUUUGUGUCAUCUGUUUCGGGAAAGUACUUACGUAGUUGUGCACCCAACUCACUCAUGUGCUUCGCUAUGUCACAUUUGACAUUGUCCGUAAGCUUGAGUUCAUUUGCACACAAAAAAUCUUACAAUGAUGGAAAGACCUGUGUGUUGUCCUUGUUAAUGCAGACAGAGAAGAGCUCCAACUUCUUAAUCAUAGACUAAAUUUUGUCCCGCACAUUGAAUAUAGUUGCGGAGAGUCCCUGUAAUCCUAGAUUCCGAUCAUUCAGGCGAGAAAAAACAUCACCCAGAUAGGCAAGUCGUGUGAGAAACUCGUCAUCAUGCAAGCGGUCAGACAAGUGAAGAUUAUGGUCAGUAAAGAAAACUUUAAGCUCGUCUCUCCAUUCAAAAAAACGUGUCAAUACUUUGCCCUUUGAUAACCAGCGCACUUCUGUAUGUUGUAAAAGCAUUACAUGGUCGCUGCCCGUAUCGUUGCAUAGUGCAGAAAAUACACAAGAGUUCAGGGGCCUUGCUUUAACAAAGUUAACCAUUUUCACUGUAGUGUCCAAAACAUCUUUCAAGCAGUCAGGCAUACCCUUGGCAGCAAGAGCCUCUCGUGGAUGCUGCAGUGUACCCAAGUGGCGUCGGGAGCAACUGCUUGCACGUGCGUUACCACUCCACUAUGUCUCCCUGUCAUGGCUUUUGCGCCAUCAGUACAUAUACCAACACAUCUUGACCACCAAAGUCCAUUUGAUGUCACAAAGCUGUCCAGUACUUUAAAAAUAUCCUCUCCUGUUGUCCUGGUUUCCAGAAGAGGAUUAACGGACAUAUACCAGGAGUUGUGCCGAGCUGUAACACAUAGAAUUCACUGGUUUGUAUGCGAAGCAGUAAUUGUUUCAAAACAUCUCCUGCCAUGUCACUGGUGCGUCGUGAAACAGUGUUGUUUGAUGAAGGCAUUGUCUGUAUAGUUUUUUUGGCCUUUUCCCCCAGCAUUGUCCCAGCCAUAUCCGCAGCAGCAGGAAGAAUUAAGUCCUCCACAAUAGUAUGCGGCUUGCCUGUCCUAGCCACUCGGUAGCUCACCAUAUAAGAUGCUUCUAGCCCUUUCUUAUUAAUGGUAUCUGUUGCUUUUUGCACAUAUAACACCACGUGGCUGAGGAAAGGCACUACUCCCAAUAUAAGUGAACCGCAAAUCAAUGUAGUUCUCAUCAUAUUUGCGCCUCUUCGAUGGUCCAAUAUCCCUGUCUGUUGUUCGGGGCAGAAGCUCUUCGGCUGCAUCAGAUUCACAAUUGUCAGUGUCCAUGCUAGCUGGGCUAACAACAAAUGUAGAAUUACUGGUGCUAGCAUUGGAUGUGCUCAUGGAAGCAGAACAACUUGUGUCGUUGACAGGUGCAGGUGUAGUACUGCUGGUGUGUCUCUAUGGACGAGGGCCUUACAAACGGAAUGAACAGCAGCUACGUUUGGCUACAUACGGACCGUUAGUGGAAUUCCCGCGAGCAAGAAACGGUUAAUGUGAUUGGAUGUUAAUUAUUUGAGUAAGCUACCUGUAUUUGACAUUGUGUUGUUAUUUUGCUGAACACUUGAUGGUUUAAUUUUAUUUUUGGCAGUGAAACGAGGCUAAUCAGGCGAGAAAAUAUAAAUGGACCGUUUGAAAAUGUGAUUUUAUUUUAUUUUUUGUAAAUACAUUUAAAAAAUGUGUAUCACAUUUUUUUGGGGCAUACCCCCGACGGAAUCCCCAGUUUGGGAAUACCUGGUCUAGAGGAAACGGAUGUGAAAGAACUGGACAGGUGAAAUCAAAUUUCUCGUAGAUAUCUAGCUGCUAUAUUGUUUUCACUUCUUUUAUGUGUUCAAAACAGUAGAGACCACUUUUGACUGUUUUUAUGUACUCUGUAUAGGAUUGAUUUUCAUGAACAAGAAAAUAAAUGCCAUUCAAUGGCCUUUUUAGAAUUUGUGAAUAAAUGGGAUCUCCAUUUGUAUACUCACAAUCAAUUAGCUGGUUCUGUUGCAUGGCUUGAUUUUUAGUUUAUUGUUCUAUAUUUUGCCAAUUUUAGUUGGUGGUUAUUCUUUUUCAUGCGAAUCUACCUCUAACAUUCAAGUGUACAUUAUGCUUUCUCUUGAGUCAUUUUAUUUUCUGCCCCAAACAUUACCAAGAGGUAAUUUUAUACCGUAUUAUCCAUGCUACCAACUUUGAUAAGCAUUUUUUUCUAAAGUUUCAAAAACAAAUAUUGAAUUUAUGAUGUAAUGUACUGUAGUUUGCUUGAUCUUUCAAUUGAAUCAACGUGAAUGUAUACAGUAUAUGUUUGUAUCGAUAUCUCUAACCAUGUUUUAUACUUGGGUGAUUUCUAUGUUACUUAUUGAGCUAAAUUGGGGUUAGACAUUUUGUUGUUUUUCAAAACAAUAUUUAUAACAAAGAUGUAUUUUCAGUGUUAACUAGUGUUUCUUAACUGAACAUAUUUUGGUACUAGUCACUUAAGUGUGAAGUAUGUGAAAGGAUUACUGUAUGCUUGCUCUGAAUAGGAAUGUUCAUAUCAUUGGGGCUGUUGUAGGUUUCUGUGCGUAGUAAAUAUGAACAUAUAUGGACAAAAGGAUGUUACAUAGCCUACUGAAUUACUUGAUAUGUUUCUCCCCCAAUGUUGCUAUGGUUUAUAUUUUAGGGCUUGAAUCCAUCCCUUUUUGUUUGAGUGUUGUGAGUCUUUUCAGACAAUGCGAGGAUUGAAUAUACAUUUGUAGAAUAUGAGGGAGAUCGUCAUGUAUUUCUCGAAUCAUAACUAAAAGGCUCACCGGAUAUUCCCUUUCCUUGAUGCUGUAAUCUCACAUGGCCAUUUCAGUUCAACAUCCGGUACUUUAUCGAUGAAAGCACUAUAGCCAGUUGUGGUAGUGGUACAUUUGAUUACGGCUUUUCUCUUUUAUUUGACUGUUGAAAAAAGUGGAAAAAUGUUAUGCCUAAAACAUAAUUUGAAAGCAAUUAAGUUGAAUGUUAGGUGGAAAAGGUUUUAAAAGUAAGUAGGCCUACUGUGUAUGUAGUUACGUAAAAAAAAAAAAAAACUUGACUGUGGUUGAGAGCAUAUUGUUGUAAUUUGUGACUCUUGUUUUAUGUAUUAAAUAGUUGAUAUGUUUUUGUGAGAUGGCUCAAAUUUGGAUUGCUUUUGGGAAGUGUCAUGAUCAGUAUUUUGUUGGAAGAAUAGAAGUUGCAUCAAAUAAAUGUCUCAGGAAUUGA